AUGCCUACGACUGCGCCUGCUAAUAAGCCGGAUGAAUCGGCUGCUGACAAGGACAAGAAUGGAAAGGGGAAAGGUCCUAGUAAAUCCAAGGAUCUAUCACACGUUCCCUGCAAAUUCUUCAAGGUUGGGGGGUGUACUGCUGGGCCAUCGUGUCCAUUCUCGCACCAUGUAGCCGAGCCCGGGGAAACCAAAAGCGUGUGUACGUGGUUUGUCAAGGGCAGCUGCAAGUUUGGCCACAAGUGCGCCCUUGCCCACGUGCUCCCUGGUCAGCCGAUGUCGAUGGACAAACGUAAUAAACGAGCUGCACAGGCAACUGCUGGAAAGAGUGGCGAGAAGAGUGGCGAUACCAAGUCCCCUGACAAAGCAGCCCCCAGCCAAACCCGCGAGCGUAACCGCCGCUCCGGUCCCGAAGGAGAUCGCGGUGCCAAGUCGCGCGAACGCAAGUCUACAUUGCUCGGGACUCCUCCUCCUGGCAUAGGUAUUGGGUCCAAGGCUCCUAUUACCAUAUCCAAGGCCGCACCUACACCAGCAGCUCUCUCGGGUCCGGCAAUGACUGACGAUUUCGACGAACUUACUGCCACACCCCGCCAGCCCCCUCCUCGUCAAUUUAGUCCAAUCGCAUCGGUCGCAGCUCCCCUCCCCGAUCCUAAUUCAUCCCAGCCUGGCGCAUUCAAUGGUGCACAGUCGGCUGCAGCCCCUACCGAACCACCCCGCCGGCCAUCUCCACUUCCCCUCUCGCGCCCAACCGGUAGUUCAUCGUCCGGGCGUUUAUCCCGCAAUAACCCAUCCGUGGACUUUGGCCCCGUCGGCUCGCCGCCCGCAGCAUCUCCCGGAAAGCCUGGGUUUAUUUCGGGGCAUGCCGCGCGCACCAAUAUUAAUGGGUUCGCAGCUGGCACAUCUCCUCCCGUUCGUGGCGACAACCCAGCGCCGUUUGGGUCAUCGCCGUUCUCUGCACCGGGAUCGAGGUCACUUUUCUUAUCGUAUAGUUUGGACCAGCACGAUCCUGGCAGACAGCCCGCGCCUUCCGAUUCCAAAUGGGACAAACAGCGGACCAUUAAACCUCGAGAUCUCGAUAACGCCGUUGAAGAUGAAGAUCUUGAAGAAUUCUUGCCUUCCAGUUUGACCGAUCUCUUAUCCCCCGGCGAGCGCGAGCGUAGGAUGAGUCGCACUAGGCACGGAGCUCGACCAAGUGUUGAUUUAUUCUCCCGGUCUGUUCCAUCGUCCAAUAUGCUUGACAUCAAGUCUAUCUGGGACGAGCAGAAUAAAUCGAGGGGCCGCGAUGCCGACACCUCGCUCCCACUCAAUUCGCAAAUGCGUGCUACAUCUCAGGGACGGUACGGCGAGGAAGACACCAGGUCUACCUCGUCCUCGCUUAUGGGUACAUCAAACGUAUCUGCAGGCUUCUUGGGCCAACGCCCCGCAGGUGCGCCAGGUGGCAUGAGGCCCAUGGCAGCUCAGUCAUAUGACAACAAUGCACCAGCCGUGCCCGACUUUGCCCUCUCCGCUUCUAUUGACCCCGUAUCGACACUUGGCGCAAUGCAAUCGCGACCUAUACCCGGUGUGCAAAAGCCAGACUUGUCGUCUGCGCUCUCACCUUCGACUCGUGCCUUGCGAAACCACGCGCCCGGACAGAGUUUACCUCAGGGAUUGGCUGCAGGGCUUAGUCGCUUGCACUUGGUUCCCGCCGCCAGCGCAAACGGACAGUACGACUGGUCACCCGAUGGGCCUCGUCUUGGAAGUACCCCUCGUGCAUACGAUCCAUUCAGCUAUGAAGACCGGCCGACAUUCUCUACGUUGAACAACCUCACCAGUCCUUCGAACGCUGCUUUGUCUCCACCCCCGCCUUCGAACCAAAGGCCCCAUGUAUGGGCGAGCCCACUGGCCCGCGCUACUGCAACUAACGAUGACGAUGACCUGUUUGCGAUGGACGAGGCACUCGAAUAG